CUAUCUCUCCUCCAGUCAAUUUUCUGUCCUCCAAAAUAGGAAUUCUCCCAACCCACCUGGAGCUACACCCACUAACACUCAAAAUCCCAGAAAGAUAUAAAUGGAUUUUAUCCAUUAAUUCCAAGUGUGAUAAAUUCCACUCACAAGACCCCUCCGCUCAGAACAAUCAGUUGGAAGAUCCUUUCCAUGAGGAGCUUGUUGAUUUGGGAGAUUGUUGAUUGGGAAGAAGAUGAAGACAUCCUAGUAGAUGAGUUUGCAGAGGAUGAUAAUUUUCUUGAUGAAGAGAACAAUUUUCAAUUGAAGGAUGAUUUCCAGAACAUUGAUCUGAUCUCUGAUCAAGAUAUUACAGAUCAACUUGACCCUCUCAGAGAAGAAAAAGCAGUGGAAGAAUUAAGAGAGGUAGAGAAAUCCACAGAGGUGGCUCCUUCAUUCCCAGCGCCUUCUGUUCUUCAUUCUACUUCAAUUGAGGAAGCUGGACGCUGGAGUGACAAAACCAAGAAGCCAUCUGGACACUGGAAUGAGGAAGCUGGGUUUAUUCCAUACCCUCUCGAUCAACAAAGAAGAAAAUUCCUAUGGAUCCAAGAGAAGGGCAACCUCCAGUGGACUGGUUCCUUCUCCAAGUUCUUCUUCUUCUCCUUCAACUUCACUUCAUUUUUUCUCAUUAACCACAAAAUCGAUCAGGCGAUCAUCAUGGUUCCAGAAUCUUCAAUGAUAUGAUCUCAUAUAGGAAGAGUGACUAUAGAUGCAGAUCCUGCCAGGCUUGUGGGUUAUCCAGGAAGGCAUCGAUUCAAAGCCAGUGGUGGAGCGACCGAAUUAGUAAUUUUUUUUAAGGUUUGUUUUUUUAGAGGUUUUUUGUUUUGUUUGGGAUUUUUAGGGGGUUUUUUUUUUGUUUUGAAUUUGUUGAUGAAUUGUUUAAAUUUGGAUGAUAAGGAGUCAUGAACAAAGGAGUGAUUGUUUUGAUUUUUGAGAUUUUGAUAAUUUAUAAUGUUUGGUUGAUAAUUUGA